AUGAACACAAUGCCUUCGGUGUAUCGCCCUCAAAUUGGUGGAUCUAUUGAGAUUUUAUCUGAUAAAGUCAAAUUACUAUUACAAGACGAUAGCAGUAGUAGUGAUAGUGGCAAUUCAUCUAACUAUAUUGACAUGCAUGAAAAAUUCAUUGAAGAUUACAUGAAUCAGAACAAGAGUAAGCGAAUUAAGAGCUCAUCAUCGAUAUCGGAUACUGUCGAGGAAGAAAAUCAUCAAACGCAGGAAGAUUUUCAAGAAAUAUCGUCGUCUGUGGCCGAUAAUGAGAAGUUCUCUCGACGACCAAGUGCAAAAAAAUUGUUUGAAGUCAACGUGUGGAAUGAACAACAAAAACAACUCAAGGAAAAGAAAUCACAAAAAAACACAACGAAUAUAUCUGAAUCACAACACUAUGAUGAAAUUAAAGCAACAACUAGAGAACUCAAUAAUGAUUAUGAAAAUCUCAUGUAUCCAAUUGAUUUUAAUAAUUAUCGUAAACGCGAAUUUAUUUAUCGAAAUUAUACGUGUAACGUUAGGGAACCAUUACUCUUAGCUAAAUACAAGCAAAUGCAACGUUUAGCUAAAAAUAGUGAUAGACAAAAAUUUAAAAUAAAACAAUACAAUCAAUUUUUAGAAUUUACCAAUAGACGACAUUAUAUAGCACGAGAUGAUUAUGACAAGAAUGAAUACGAUGCAUUGGCGAAGUUUAACGAUGGUGCAUAUCGGAUAAAACGUCGGGAAAUAUUCAGAAAUAAGAAUUUAAAAAAUUUGGGCUUCGCAUGUUCAAAUUUAACAAUUGUUUAUUUAUCGGACUGUUAUUUUAAUCCACUAACAUAUAUAAAUCGUGUCGAAAGUCGAAUAGUAAAUAUAACUGUUGCACAUAUCAUGAAUCCAAAAGAAGAAAGUGAUUCAUAUGCUGUUAUUCGUUCAAAUCCUCCCUAUUAUGUUCGUAUAACAUUAGAUGUUAUUUGUUCAUCUAUGCCGUUAAAAUUAUGGUCAACAUUAGAAUUAUCCUCAACUCUUAAUGGUGAAUUUGUUCAAACAAAAUUAAAUAAUAUUUUACUAUAUAAAAAUCAUACAAAACUACCAUCAUUAUAUUUAUCAUCAGGAACAUUUUAUAUUCGAAAUUUAACAAUAAACGAUUGUCAAACAAAUAUUCAAUAUCGAACGAAUCUAAACGAAAUAUUACAAUUUAAUAUUAGAUUGGAAUCAAAUUUUAAUGAUACAUGUAAUAUAGCACAGCAAAAUUCAUGUUAUCCAACACAAAACUAUAUAUGUGACGAGUAUAGUGGAAAAUGUACAUGUCGAUCACCACUACUUUUAUAUCAAAAAUGGUGCACAGAUUUUGUCAAUAUAACAAAUUGUACAUAUUAUUCUCAACGAUGUAUAAAAUGGUGUGAAAUGAAUGAUAAUAUCGAUUGUAUUUGUCCACAACCAGAAACAGUAAAAAAACAGAUAAUCAUUAAUAAUAAUAAUAAUAGUUUUCAAACAAUUUACUAUUGUGAAAUAUUGCCAAGACAAUCUUGUCAACUUUUUGACACUAUUCGACGUUGUUCUUUAAAUCAGCAAUGUAUUAAUGGCUAUUGUACAGCAAAAUCAAUUGUGAAAUCUAAUUCUAUAAUUAGUUCCAUUGAAUUAUUAUUAAUCGUGUUACUUGUUAUGUUUAUUUUUGCCAUUCUUGCUCUCAUCUUUUUACUUGUUUUAAUCAAUCGUUAUUGUCGUAGAAAAGAGAAACAUAUAUCAUCGUCUCUCGUUCAAUAUGCUCUAUGUGCUAGACGUGAAAGUCAAAAUUUAGAAAACUGUCCACAAAAAAUAUAUUCACUACCAAAUGAUAUAUCGAGAAUUGUUCACAACAAAAUGGAGGCCAAUGAUUCCGUAUACGAUAAUCAACAAAAUAUUUAUGGAGUAUUUCGAAACAAUGUUCGAAUAACAAAACUAACACAAUCACCAAUACCAACAGAAAACCAAUCUUACCUAGUCGGUGCAUUUAGAUUACCAGAUAUUUGGGCGCGCGACGUUUGGGCGCAACGACAUUUGGGCGCAAUGAUAUUAGGCACAUCUAUGACAAAAGCAAACAGAAGUGGUGCAUUUGUUAAACUGGGAAAAGCACAAAGUUUAAGUUGGGCUAUGAUCCAAUGUCCCCCCAUCCCACUCCCGUAG